AUGUCAAGAAAAAAUGGAAUGUUUAAUUGUCAACACAUUUCAGAUGAAGGAAAAGCUGGCCAAUGGGAGAUGAAAUAUUUACAAUUAACAGAAUCAAAUUUAAUUGUUAAAGAAAAUGCUGAUGAUCAUAUUGUCAGAAGUACAAUUCAUCUUUGUGAUAUAGUUUAUGUAGAAAGAGAGAGUAAAUCAAAAACCUUAUCAUUGGAUAAACAAUCAAACACAAUUGAAAAUUUAGACGAUUCAACAAAUACUGGUCAUGUUUCAGUUGAAUUAUCAGAUUCACAGGAAUCAAUUUUAAUACACAUUAAAACUCGUUAUAAAUCUGAAUGGAAAAUUGAAAUGGAAUCAGAGGAAACUUAUGAGGAAUGGUAUAAUAUUUUUAAAAGACACCAAGGUGUAAUGAGAGAGAUAGACAUUAAUCCUCCACCACCAAGAAGAAAUCGUAAACCUAAAUAUACAUUUAAAACUUUUUAUGAAAAUAGAGAAUUAUUAGGUGAAAGAUGGAUGCUUUUUGCAUUCAUAGCCUAUACAAUCAUUUUAGUAAUUUUAUUUUCAGUACUUUGGACUAAAUAUGUUUUACCAGAAAAAAAUAUUGUUGAAAUUGAAUCUCAAUGCUUUAUUCAUUCAGCAGAUGCUGUAUAUGUUUAUAAAAGAAAUUAUGAUUUAGAAAUUUUAGUAACUUAUCAAUUAGAAAAUGGUCAAUUUUUAACAAAUUUAAUGUAUCAAUAUUGUAGUGGUAAUGGAUGUCCAGAUUUUAUGGAUGAUAAUUAUAAAGUUGGCACAACUGUAACUUGUCAUUAUGAUGAAGCUGAUCCAAAUUAUGUAUUUUUUGAUCUUAGUCAAAUGGUUAGAAAGAGAUACACAAUUACAUUUGGUAUUUGUGGUGGUCUACUUGGUCCUUGGUUAAUAGUAGUUUUGGUUAUAGGAUUUUUAUCAAGAAAGAAAAUUGCUCAAAUGUUUAAAGAUUCUUGUUGUCCAGAUGAUGAUGAUUAG